AUGGCAGGAGUCAUGCGACAACGAUUUGGCAUUCUGGCUGAGUCCUCAGUCAUUCCCUCAAUUACGGAGAUCUGGUUACUGAUUCUAGUUUUCUACAGGCAUAUUGGUAAGACCGGCGGGCAAAUCUUUCAUGAACUGAUGAUUCGGCACGACGUCCAUCAUAUUUUUGGCUAUCCCGGCGGCUGCGUCCUCCCGAUGUUCGACGCGAUCUACCGAGCGAAAGACUUCGGUUUCACACUUCCUCGACAUGAACAAGGUGGUGGACACAUGGCUCAGGGGUUUGCGCGAGUGACUGGGAACCCUGGAGUUUUACUGGUUACAUCUGGGCCCGGCGCGACCAAUCUCAUCACGCCGAUGGUGGAUGCCCUUGCUGACGGUACCCCGAUGGUUGUCUUCUGUGGCCAGGAAAGCACGGAAUGGAAUGCCAGCGCGCGCAAGACAGCGGAGCUCACACAAAAAAUGGAUGAGGCUUCUGAAAUCGCAACCAGUGGUCGGCAGGGUCCAGUUCUCGUGGAACUACCGCUGGAUGUGACUGCGGGCAUCCUAUCCACAGCUCCCGAGUCGGCUCCCAUGUGA